AGGCCCCGCCCCGCGCUGCGUGCCGACGUUGUACCGGCCUUCGCGCCAGUCCGUUGGGCUGCGGGGACUGCGGCGCCUGAGGGAGUCGCUGACGGGCAAGCUGAGUGGAGCCUGGCGGACGGGCCACAGCGACCUGCGGCAGGUGAGCUGUCUGCGCCCUCCCAGGGCCUUCCUUCCGCCCGGCUCCUCGGACCGCGCCGUGUCCUUCGCGGGCGCUGCCUCGGUCCAGGCCUUCGGACCUGGGCUCGGCCAGGCCACAGCCGUCUGCGUCCCCGGCGCGGGUCUGAGGGGAGACCGGGCAGGCCGGAAACUGGGACCAGAGUGAGAGCUGCAAGAACCACACCCAGCAGCAAUGUCAGCGGAAGUGGAAACCUCAGAGGGGGUAGACGAAUCAGAGAAAGAGAACUCUGGGGCCUUAGAAAAGGAGAACCAAAUGAGAAUGGCUGACCUCUCGGAGCUCCUGAAGGAAGGGACCAAGGAAGCACACGACCGGGCAGAAAACACCCAGUUUGUCAAGGACUUCUUGAAAGGCAACAUUAAGAAGGAGCUGUUUAAGCUGGCCACCACGGCACUUUACUUUACAUACUCAGCCCUCGAGGAGGAAAUGGAGCGCAACAAGGACCAUCCAGCCUUUGCCCCCUUGUACUUCCCCAUGGAGCUGCACCGGAAGGAGGCGCUGACCAAGGACAUGGAAUAUUUCUUUGGUGAAAACUGGGAGGAGCAGGUGCAGUGCCCCAAGGCUGCCAAAAAGUACGUGGAGCGGAUCCACUACAUAGGGCAGAAUGAGCCGGAGCUACUGGUGGCCCAUGCGUACACCCGCUACAUGGGGGACCUCUCGGGGGGCCAGGUGCUGAAGAAGGUGGCCCAGCGAGCCCUGAAACUCCCCAGCACAGGGGAAGGGACCCAGUUCUACCUGUUUGAGAAUGUGGACAAUGCCCAGCAGUUCAAGCAGCUCUAUCGGGCCAGGAUGAACGCCCUGGACCUGAACAUGAAGACCAAAGAGAGGAUCGUGGAGGAGGCCAACAAGGCUUUUGAGUAUAACAUGCAGAUAUUCAAUGAACUGGACCAGGCCGGCUCCACGCUGGCCAGAGAGACCUUGGAGGAUGGGUUCCCUGUACACGAUGGGAAAGGAGACAUGCGUAAAUGCCCUUUCUACGCUGGUGAACAAGACAAAGGUGCCCUGGAGGGCAGCAGCUGUCCCUUCCGAACAGCCAUGGCUGUGCUGAGGAAACCCAGCCUUCAGUUCAUCCUGGCCGCUGGCAUGGCCCUAGCUGCUGGACUCUUGGCCUGGUACUACAUGUGAAGGACCCAUCAUGCCACGCCGGUACCCUCCUCCCGACUGACCACUGGCCUACCCCUUUCUCCAGCCCUGACUAAACUACCACCUCAGGUGACUUUUUAAAAAAUGCUGGGUUUAAGAAAGGCAACCAAUAAAAGCCAGAUGCUAGAGCCUCUGCCUGACAGCAUCCUCUCCACUGGCCAGAUUCUGCACUGGGCACAGGCUGUCACCCUGGGAGCAGUCAGCACAGUGCAGCAGGCCUGGCCCCCAACCCAGCUCUACUCCAGGCUCCCACGCCUCUGGGCCCUAGACUGCUUCCAGUAGUCCCUGUUUUUGUAGUACAUGGGUGGCUCUCUCCCCUGCUGGAGGUGAGUGGCCUGUAAGCCCAGGCUGUGGGAGGGGGCCUUGCUGGAUGCUGCUGUACUACUACUUCUGGGCCUCUCUUGGACCCUGGGGGUGAGGGUGGGUGUGGGUGGAAGCCUCAGAGGCCUUGGGAGCUUAUUCCUCUCACCCAGAAUCCCUCUAACCCCUUGGGUGAGGUCUGCUCAGCCCAGCUUGUCUCCUCCUCCGCCCUGUGUAAAUGCUCCAACACUCAAUAAAGUGGGCUUUGCAAGCU